CUUAGAAAACCUGCGUUUCAGAGAGCAGCAUGAUGCAUGAAGCAGACAUUGAAGGUCCUGCCCACUUGUUCUGUAGGCUCAUGUGCCCUGAGCUCAGUUGGAGCACCUCGCUAGAAAGGGCAGACUCAGCUGGCCAGGUCCGUGCCAUGCCGGAGACCAUGCCUCACGAGCCAACAUACACCAACUUCCAUAUUCUCCGGGACCACAGGGAGAACGAGACCAUCUACAACAACUGCGAUAUCCACCGGCAGAGCAGUGGCCGGGCAGGAAGAUCCCAAGGUUGUGGAAGGGAGAUUUCGUGUGGAGGAUGGACCAUUAUUUUGGGAAAAUCCAUGAUGUUGAUCAUCUCUUUUCUCGUGAUGUUUGUUCUGCUUGUGGUUUGCAUUUCGAGAAUUUCGAAUGUGGAACAGAAAGUGAGCCCAGCUAAGACGACAUUAAAGACUGAACACAACAAGGAUCAAACUAUUAAUUCAACGUUCCCAGAUGAAGUGAAACUGAUGCUGGAGAACUUAAUGACUGAACUCAGCAAAGCUGUAAACAACUCAAUGGUUCCAGAUGAAGUGAAACUGAUACUGGACAGCUUAAAGGCAGAACGCAGCAAAGCUGUAAACACCUCAAUGAUCCUAGAUGCAAUGAAACUGAUACAGGAGGAAAUAAUGAGCAUACUCAACAACAUUCAAAAAAAUGCCUCACUGAUCCUAGAUGCAGUGAAACCAAUGCAGGAGGAAAUAAUGAGCGAACUCGACAAAAUUCGAAAAAAUAGGAACUUUACUGGGCAAUCUCCUGAGAAACAACGUUUGACGAAAGGACAAUGUUAUCGUUUUACAUCGAAACAGUCUGACCUGAACAAGACAGCUGAAGAAAACAAUGGAACACAGUCUGCAAAGCAGGAGAAUAAGCCCUGUAUUGAAAUCCAGUGCGAGGUGACAUCGGUUAACAACACAGACACUGCAAGGUGCGUGUUCCAUAAGCAGCUGAUUCCGAGGGAACUGGUUUGCCACACAAUGGAACCUUAACCAACAGGACGUGUGCGGAGCUGGAAUACACAGAUGACAUUGCUGGAAUAUGUUACUAGGAUUUUCAAGACAAAAACUGCUAACUUGCUGACCUGGGGAACCCACUGACGGAGGGAGAUGAUCUCUCAUGAACCUGUCUGUCCUCCAGCUGAGAUUUACUUCUUUGGACCAAAUUUCUGAAUGUCUACCCUUCCAGUUCAUGUGCUUACCUGAGCUCUGUGUAAUCACCAGUCAGUGCCACAUAUUGCCUGGUGACACUCCUGUGAAGGGAAAUGGGAUGCUAACGGCACUAUAUAAAUGCAACAGCAAACAGGGAUGGGUUUCUUACUCUGGGAAAUUGAGCUAAGGUGGAUCAAGUGAUAGCUAUUCGUUAUAUCUAUCCUCUCUCUCUCACACACAACACACACACAGACUACACACACAACACACACACACACACACACA